AAUCCACUCCCUUCCAGACUUUUUGAACGAGACGAUCAGCGAUUUAUCGUUAAUGUGUGGAUGCAAUUCCAACUCGUCGAAAUUGCGUUCUUCUGUCGAAAUGACGUCGUCGGAAGAGAAAAGUUCGAGUAAAAGGGAUUCUCCGUCACCAGCCGCUAGCCGGAGUCUACCCACCAGGAUGACGACACCAUUGCUGGCGUGGUGUCCGGCCCUCAUGCCACCGUGGUGUCCGAUUCUGCCCGCGGCGGCCUGGUGUUCGCCGGCGAUACGAUCUGCGUUGCCUGGGCUACUGGACAGUAUGAAACUGCCCUCCCAGGCCAGAUCGUCAGGGUUUCACAUCUGCGAUAUUCUAGAUCUCAACGAUGCAAAGGCACAUAGUGAUAUGCCACCUAACUCAAUGCCCAAUAGUGUUUCAGGUCCUGAGUUGACUCCACUGGUUCCCUCCAACCUCUUAUUUCCUACAUCUUUGCAAACAUCAACAGAGGCUCUUCAACAUCACUGGAACAACACUAUUACCGAGCUAAGAGGAGUUAGCAUGGCAGGCGCGCUACACGCGGCAGCGUCAGCACAACACCACCAACAGCAGCAAGCCUCACCAGACAGCACUUCUCCCACCGGCACUGAUCUCUCUCAUUCACCCCUCACCCUCCACUCCUCAGCCUCCACCACCUCCUCCACACCCCUCAAACCAUCCCUCCCUCCUCUCACCAGUGACCUGCACGACCCUCAGGAUGGCGAUGAGGAAGAGAUCGAGGAGGAUGCAGAAGAAGAACAAGGCAGCGUAGGCGGUGCGGGGGGAAACCCGAACGCGGGACAGAAAAAACGCAAACGACGCGUUUUGUUCAGCAAAGCGCAGACGUAUGAGCUGGAGAGGCGAUUUCGACAGCAGCGCUAUCUAUCGGCGCCAGAGAGAGAGCACCUCGCUUCCAUCAUCCGUCUCACUCCCACGCAGGUCAAGAUUUGGUUCCAGAAUCAUAGGUACAAGACGAAACGAGCCCAACAGGAAAAGGGCAUGGGAGUUGGGGUGGGAGUGGAUCAAGGGGGUGCCUCCCUAGCCUCUCCCCGUCGGGUAGCAGUUCCAGUCCUGGUUCGAGAUGGCAAACCCUGCACAAGUACCUCCAAAAACGAACAACUGGUCAUGCCUGGCUACUCACAUGCACUCAUGCACCCUCAUCCACACGCGCAACCGCCACGAACCUGGUGGUAGUUGAGUGAACUAGGCAAGAGACCUGUGUUUCACGACCGUAGAGCAGUUCUGGUUAGAAUCGAUAAGUGUACUGUGAAAAGUGAUCAAAAUAGAUUAUUGUGAAAUGUGAUUGAAGUCUUGAUGUGCGAUUCAGAACCAUGCUUCACAACCACAGAGCAAGGCUGGUUCAACGAUAUUAGUGUCCUAUGUAGUAAGUGAUUAAACUGAGGUUGUAAUCUGGGAUAGAGUACCACGUACAACAACCAUUGAGUUGGUCCAAUUUGAAAGACGUCCUACAGCAAGUGAUUGAACUAAGGUUGUAUUCUCAGACUGGAAGGUUGUUUCACAACCACAACUCAAAGCUGGUCCAAUGCAUUAAAUAUCCUAAGAAAGUGAAUGAUUUGAGGUUGUGAUCUGAGACUGGUAACCAAGUUUCAUUACUAUAGUGCAAGGCAGGUCCAACUUAAUAAAUUCCCAAUUAAAAUUGUUCAAAGUGAAUUAUUGUGAACUCGAAGUGGGACUCGUGUUUCACAACCUUACAGCAGUCUUGGUUCCACACAAUAUGUGAUAAAUGUCCCAAAAAGUGAUUGAACUGAGGUUUUGAACUAAGACUGGUAACCAUGUUUCAUAACUAUAGUGCAAAGCAGUCCCAACUCAAUAAAUGUCCAAUUAGAAUUGUUCGAAGUGAAUUAUUGUGAACUUGAAUGGGACUCGUGUUUCACAAACAUACAUCAGUCUUGGUUCCACACAAUAUGUGCGCUGUAAGAGGUAAUCAAAGUCAAUUACUAUUGUGAAUUUGAAGUGAGAACCAAGUUUCUUAAUAGCCACAGAACAGUGUUGGUCUAGCUAAAAGUUGUGUCCUAUUUGAUGAGUGGUUAGAAUCAAGUCUUGUGAGCUGGAUAAACAUGUUUCACAGCUCUAGAACAACGCUGGUUGUGCAGUAAAAUACAGGUUGUAUUAGUGGAAAGUAAUAAGUGUAAUGUGUGAUGACACAUAAAGACAUCAGCUAAAUAGCCACUAAGUGAAAAACAAUAUGUUUUAUACAAUUCAAGUUCCAAGUUUUGUAGCCUACAAUCUUGUAAAUUUUAUUUUCAAUUGACAUUUUCAUUGUUCAAGAUAGAUUGGCCACUCGAUCAAUGGAUCAGUUGAUGUUUGACUAUGGAAAAAUGUUGAUAAUAUUGAUUGAUUUAUUUAGAAAGUCGAAGAUACAUUAUGAAAAUAAUCAAUUGAUCGAACAGAACUCUUGUAUUUUAAUUUCAAUUGCAAAUUUUCAUACAUCUGUUUGUAGUCCAGUCAAAGAAAGAUUAUAGGGAAUCAUAGGAUUAUGAUUAAUUCAUUGUAAAAGUUGGAAGUACAUUAUAAAUUUAAUUUCAAUGCAUGGAACAGAACUCCUGAAUUCCAAUUUCAAUAGCAAAUUCUUAUAUAACUCUUUGUGAUUUCCGCUACAUGGAACAAAGACGUUGGCAGUAAAUUAUUCAAAACUGAUAAGAAUUGGAUUAGCUACGUAGUUUCAAGAGCAAAAACGUUGAAAUAUAUUGAGUAUUUUCCGGUUGAUCUCAUCACUAAAGAUAGAUGAAUUAAUAUUAAUUUAUGACGUGAAAACCCAAGAAAACUUUUAAAAAGCUUCUAAUCUUGUCGUUGGGUUUCAAAUAAAAGCUUGAGAAGGAACGUCAUUAUUCUUGGAACUGGAAAUUUAGUAAUGUAUUUGCAAUUUUGAAUUUGAAAUUAACAAGAGCUUGAAAGUAGAGUAAAAAGUACUUGGGGUAUGCGAGAACAACAUUGUCAGAUCGUCCUGAUUUAAGAAUCAAGAUAUAUAAAGAAUAAAAUAAGAUAUCGGGAAUAUUUCUUAUAUAUUCUCUGGAAAUGUGUAAUGUACUUAAUUUACAUUAAAAAUAAACAAGAAUUUGAAAGUAAAGUAUAAAGUACUUGUAGUAUGCGGAAACAACAUUGUCAGACCGUCCUGAUUUAAGAAUCAAGAUAUAUAAAGAAUAAAAUAAGAUAUCAGGAAUAUUUCUUAUAUAUUCUCUGAAAAUGUGUAAUGUACUCAAUUUACAUUAAAAAUAAACAAGAAUUUGAAACUAAAGUAUAAAGUACUUGUAGUAUGCGGAAACAACAUUGUCAGACCGUCCUGAUUUCAAGAAUAUUAUUUCUUAUAUUCUCUGAAAAUGUGGAAUUCCACAAAAUAAGCCUGAGAUACCUACCCAAUAUGACUUCCUAUUCGGGGACUUUCUAGCUUGAAGCUCCUAGAUAAUUCUAAUUGAUAAAAGUUCCUGAUUUACAAGCUUUUCAUCUUGAAUAUUGUACCAUAAUUUUAUAAUCUUAUAUAAUUGGAGGGAUUUUAUUACCAAAGAAAUAUUGAAAAAUAUAACUUUUACUUAGGGCCGAUUUCCAAGCUCGGGAUUUAGCUAAGUUUUAGACUUAAAACAGCUGGAGUCAGAAAAUUGGCUUCCCGAAACGGGGCGUAGUCCCCGUUUCAUGUUCCCGUACUCCCCGUAGCAUGUUCGAAUUCUUGUCUGAAGUUAUUGUCUAAUAAUUAGACUUUUAUAUACUUUUUAAUUUUAAAUUAUUACUCCAAUAUUGUUGAGCAGUAUGAUUUUUUUCUCAUAAUUUGUAAAUAUUGUGAAUUGGAUUGAAUAAAAUUUGAAUUUGAAUAUGAAUUAGUCGCAGUCAACGUUUAAAUUAAAUUUCGAAAUAUUC